GGUGGGAGAAAAAGAAGAAGGAAUUCUCAACAAUGUUGCCCAAACUGCACGAUUGGAUGAUUUGAGGACAUUUCCACAUCAGUGUUUUAAUCCUCACACACGCGCGCGCUCGUGCACACACACGUGUGUUGUGGCCAAAUAACAAAGGGCUCGAUCGUGCCUGCAUCGUGUGUGUUGUUUUAAUUUUUCUCCCUUCUUCUUGUUCCCUCCUUUUCUUUACUGAAGACGACGUUUUCUCUCCCUCCACGUUUCCGGCGAGGAGCUUCAGGUUUCGUGCGCCUCGGUUUUUACUCAAAGACGCAUCUGGAAAUGUCGGAAGUGCUGCCUUUUAACGAAGAGAAAAUGAGCCAUUAUGGAAAUGAGGGCGACGAGGGACACCUUUCCUUCACCUGUCGCCUUCAAGACACCAACAACUUCUUCAAUGGGUCGCAGAAUAAACGUCCGCCCAAACUGGGACAAAUAGGCCGGAGCAAACGGGUGGUGAUAGAGGAUGAGGCUGGAGAUGAUGCACUGAAAAACGAAACAGAGAAGACCCCGGCGGACGCUUAGAAAUCCCCUCAAAGACACUCUUGAUUCCUUUUUUUUUUUUUUUUUUUAAAUGAUAUAUUUACCAGUUUCAAUCCAAAGACAUUGUAUAUAAGCACUUUGUUUCAUGUGGCAGCAGACAGCACUUCCACACGCCCUCUUCUCCAAGCCAAUCAUGGCCAUCUAGGUGACGCACACACACCGGCAGCAAAAGAAACUCCCAGGUGGACCCCCCACCAGCACACACGCCCUACUGGAAGGGGUUUUGCCAUAAAUCAAAUAGCUGGAGAAGCAUGGAGGGGUGGGGGUCCACGUAGAUGAAGGAGCCAAAUCAGGGAGAGGAUCCAGAAAUGAAUAUUAAAUAGAAACUA